UUCUUUAUGUAAUUUGUUUCAGAUAAAAAUCAUGAAGUUGCAGCUAUUUCAAAUUAUCCUGGAUCAAACGCAAGCUGUGUAUGCACCAGGAAACGUGGUUUCAGGGCAUGUUGAUAUCGCCGUUGAGAAGGAUGUAAAUCUUCGUUUGUGCGAAAUACAUUUUAAAGGCUUGGCUAAUGUUCAUUGGAGUGAACAACACUCAUCUGGAAGCGGUAAAAAUCAUCACACACAUACAGUGCACUAUCGGGCCAAUGAAGAUUACUUUAACGUCCAGCAGCAACUUCCUGUUAAAGGUGCCAAUAAUGAAGUAGUGUUGAGUGCAGGACACCAUUGCUUUCCAUUCAGUUUCCAGCUGCCUCAUUCGAACUUACCAACAACGUUUGAGGGCGCCCACGGAUGGGUGCGUUAUUACCUGGAGGCAGUGCUUGAUGAAACUUGGUGGAAAUUUAACAAACGCUGUAAAGUAGGAAUUACUGUCAUCAGUCCAGUAGACUGUAAUGCUAAUCCAGUUUUACUA